AUAAUUGUCUGAGAUAACAUCGGAAAAGCGCCAUAUUAUAGACGCAAUCUUGCGUGAACAAAAAGUAUGACAAUUACACUUUCUCGAACCGAUUAGAACGAAGGUCACAUUAUUAACACAACUUUAUUAAAAUCAAAUAAAGUAAUGAUGAAAUCAAUAUUAAUCACUGGUUGUAAUCGCGGUUUGGGCUUGGGGCUGGUCAAGAGUGUACUGAAAGAAUUGAAUCCGAAGCACGUCAUUGCGACAUGCCGAAAUGUGAAUAACGCGGGGGAUCUUCAAGAAGUUGCAAACAAACAUCAGAAUGUGCAUAUUUUGGAACUUGAUGUAAAGGACAUAGAAAGUUAUCCAGUUCUAGUGGAACAAGUAACAAAAAUAGUAGGAGACGAUGGGCUUAAUGUGCUUUUCAAUAAUGCAGGCGUUUCGCCUCGAUCUACAAGACUGGCGUUUACUGAAGUUGACAAAAUGAUGGAUACAUUUUUAGUUAAUACUGUUGCACCUGUCAUGUUAACAAAGGCAUUUUUACCUUUGCUCAAGAAAGCUUCCUCUGCUAAUAGUGAACUGCCAAUGGGAAUUGCUAAAGCUGCUAUAAUAAAUAUGAGUUCCAUGCUUGGUUCGAUUUCUCAAAAUGAAUCAGGUGGUCUUUAUCCAUACAGAUGCACUAAGGCUGCAUUAAAUGCUGCAACAAAAUCUAUGAGUGUUGAUUUGAAAUCAGAUGGUAUCAUUGCUGUAAAUAUGCAUCCAGGGUGGGUAAAAACUGAUAUGGGAGGCAAUAAAGCACCCUUAGACAUAUCUGAAAGUGUUGAUGGUAUUGUCAAGACUUUAACAAAACUUAAUGAAAAAGACAAUGGUGGUUUUCUCCAGUACGAUGGAAAACCAAUACCUUGGUAAUAAAUA